UCUCGCUCCAGCAGUCCUGAAGACUCUGAGACCAGCGGAUUCAGCUCUGGCUCAGACCACCUCUGUGACAUGCUGUCCACUUUGCGGAUUUCCCCUCCCCUGCCGUAUCUCGCAUCCAACAUGCAGAAGGAUCUGCUGCGACUGGGCUCCCGUCUGGACCCCCAGGACUCCAGUUCUCCUCUGACACCGCCAUCCAGUGCCAGCCCCGCCUCAGCCGUCUCCCGCCGCUGGCGUAGCGGCUCUCCCUGGCCUGGCGCCGAUACGCUCGACCAGUCGGACGACACGUUCAGUAUCGAGAGGGAGGCGCGCCUGCACAGACAGGCUGCAGCCGUGAAUGAGGCCACGUUCACCUGGAGCGGUCAGCUGCCUCCCAGGAACAACAAGGAUCCUCUGUACUCCUGCAAGGUCUUUCUUGGUGGCGUCCCCUGGGACAUCACAGAGGCCGGCCUGAUCAACACCUUCAGUGGCUACGGCCCGCUGACUGUGGAGUGGCCUGGUAAGGAUGGAAAGCACCCUCGCUGUCCUCCCAAAGGUAAUGUGGCUAAAGGUUACGUUUACUUGGUGUUCGAGAACGAGAAGUCUGUGCGGGCGUUGCUGCAUGCCUGCUCCCAGGACCCGUUUCACCCCGAGGACAACCGAGAGUACUACUUCAAGAUGUCAAGCCGCAGGAUGAGAUGCAAGGAUGUGCAGGUGAUCCCCUGGGUGAUCUCGGACAGUAACUACGUGCGCUGCCCCGCCCAGCGCUUGGACCCCAGUAAGACGGUGUUUGUUGGUGCGCUGCACGGCAUGCUGAACGCGGAGGCGCUGGCCAGCAUCAUGAACGACCUUUUCGGAGGCGUCAUGUACGCUGGCAUCGACACGGACAAGCACAAGUACCCCAUAGGCUCUGGACGUGUCACUUUUAACAAUCAGCGCAGUUACCUGAAGGCUGUGUGUGCAGCGUUUGUGGAGAUCAAAACCCCGAAGUUUACAAAGAAGGUCCAGAUCGACCCGUACCUGGAAGACUCCAUGUGUCAAGUUUGCCUUCGCCAACCUGGACCUUUCUUCUGCAGAGACCAGGCCUGCUUCAAGUACUACUGCCGCCGCUCUUGCUGGCUGCAGCACUCCAUGGACAUCUUGAGCAACCAUCGGCCCCUCAUGCGCAACCAGAAGAACAGGGACUCCAGCUAGAGCAGAUGGAUCCGAACGCUCUGAAGGGCCAGAGGAAGAGCCCCCCACCCCCCUCGACCGGGCGAGGCUGCCCGCCACGAAGAGCACGUGUGCCAG